AUGAAGAAAUUACCUAAAGCUUUGUCAUCUCAACUCAACGUAAGUUCAAACACAAAUCACUCUUCAUUUUUACACCCAGUAGAGUCCAGCUAAACUGUUCCUCAAUUUCAGGUGGUUGAAAUUGACGCAAAUACAGAGGACAGAAGACAGCGGAAACCGGUAAUUUACAAUUAUGCUAUAAAUUCGCCUCGGUCAAAUUUAAUUGAAUGAAAGUUGAUGAGCUAGAGUUGGCAGUCACACUUUUUUUACAGGGACAUUUCAAGCUCUAGAUUAACAAAAUAAAGGUUUGAUGAAUGUUCCAACUAUGUUUUAACUUAAAUAGAAUACAUGAUAGUGUUGGGAAAACAUUAAGAGCAGCUGACUAAGAUCGCCUGACUGCCAAUUUCUCAUGCACGUUUCAUCGAGAUUUAUACUCAACCCUGACUGAAUAAAAAUAUAUCGUUUAUUCAUAAAAUAUUUAAACAAUGGAACCAUUUCCGACUGCUGUUUUGUGUUGUAGAAACUGACGUUACCUCUGCCAGCUGAGAUCAUGCAACAUGUCGGGGAUGACGACUGGAUCAGCAGGAGUAUCUAUGAUAGAAAGGUACUUUAGUGGUCAUAUAGGGUAGUGCAAUGACUUCAGUAAUUUAGUCCAAAAUUGAGUCAUGUAGUCCCACACUGUAGUCCUAUUUCGAUCCUAAUAUUCCCUGCGGAUUGAGAAAGAUACAAAUACCUGGAAACUGUAAGGAAAACUUCCACGUUCCAAACUAACCCUUUAUCUGGAAGUUAGUAGCAUUAACUUUCCCAACCCAACGAAGUGCCUUCGCUCGCAAAACGUCGAAGUUUAAGCUUUGGGCAAACUAGGAAACAUUGUUGCGGAAACAUUGUGAUUCGCCAUCUUUCCUCAAGUGUUUCUGUGUUUGCCCACCCGUGGAAACAUCGUUGCAGAAACACAAUUUGCUUCCCGAGAAGCAGAAAUGUUUCCUAUCAAAUUCAGAAACAUUUCAUGUUUCCCAAGUGCGAUUUUUGUCGCGGAAACAUUGUUUCCUAGUGUUUGCUCACCUUGGGAAACAUGGCGAAACAUUGGCAGGAAACAAUGUUUCCGCAACAAUGGUUCCUAGUUUGCCCAAGGCUUUACACUAUCAAAGUUUCUGUGAAUUAACACAGUAGGAAUUUUGCAUAAAUAAAUCCUAAAUUUUGAAAGAUUUAUAAAAAAAUGUUUGAGGGAACUGGCUCCGUGUUAAACCAGUGUUAGACACUCAGUAAGUUUCCUCAAAUAUUUCUUACAAAUCCUUCAAAACUUAGAAUUUACCCAUGCAAAAUUCCUACUGUGAUCACGGCAGAAACUUUGAUAGUGUCAACCACACAUUAAUUGUUUUCAGGCACAUUGCGCAAGAACUACAAAGAAGGUGUCCAACAACGACAUCGGUUCCAAGUCAAACAUGACUUGUCAGAUUCCGUAUCUGGACCCAUUUCAUCCGUCCGUGAUGAAAUUUAUCAAGAAGGGGGGUGGAUCCAACUGCAAAAGGUUCAGAUCUUGCGGAAAACUGGUUAAUGGCAUUUUUCAUAUCACAGGUAAGCGAUGGACUUUAUUUAUAUUGGAUAGCUCUAACAGUUCUAAACUGUUCUUCGUAGAGGUACUACAGGAGGAAACCUAAACUAAAGUAACUUUAUUUAAACUGUAUGGCUCUAUCAGUUAUAAACUGUUCGUCCUAGAGAUCCUGUAAGGGUCAUCUCUUAUUGAUCCAGUGUUACUACAGGAGGAAACCUAAACUAAACUAACUUUUUUAUACUGGAUAACUCUAUCAGUUCUAAACUGUCCUCCCUUGAGGUCCAGUAAGGAUCUUCAUUUUAAAUGAUCCAGUGUUACUAAAGGAGAAAACCGGAGUCUAGCCUGCAUACCUGCUCAUAAAGGUAAAAUACACAUACGCCGCUGUAGGUUUCAACAGUCAACACUAUGUAUUUUGCAGACAAGAACGUUAUCUCUGCAUCAUAUCGUGGUAUUUUUCGUCGCGGCGACUUCAACUAUGUGUUGGGAACAUCAGUUAAAGUGUCCCCGACAAAAAAAAUCGAAGACGAAUUUAUUGAAGUCGAAUGUAGAGUGAGAAAUGGCCGUCUUUUACGCGAGUUCUGGCUACAACCUGUCCCACAUGACCAUUUACUAAAACGCACGGCUAAAAGACCACCCGGAUUACCCCUCAAUAUCCUCAUCGUCGGAAUGGAUUCGUUAUCGCACGCGAAUGCUCAGCGGAAGCUUCCGAAGCUUUACGAUUAUUUGGAGAAGGAGUUAGGAGCGAUUAUGUUUAAUGGGCAUUCUAUUGUUGGGGAUGGCACAACGGAGCAACUGACCGCUAUAUUAACUGGUCUCGGAGAACUGGAGCAAUAUGAGUCGAGAAGACAUCACAGGAACCCUAGGCCUGUUGAUGGAUGGACAUGGAUAUUUAAGGAACUGAAGGGUAAGAAAUGGAUAUAAGGGGAGCAUAAGAAUAUUAAGAAUUAACACUUCGAUAAGGAUGACGGACGCCAUUUACCAGUGCUUCUAGUUGGAUAUAAGACUUAAAUAAGUAGGUGUCCGUUUUAUAUCGAGAUUGGAAACUAUCCGUAUCAGGGAGGGGUCCACAUAAGAGAUAGUCUGUAUUAGAGAGGUGUUCAUGUUACAGAGAUGUCUGUAUUAAAAAGGUGUCAAUAUUAGAGAGGAGUCUGUUUUAUAUAGAGAUUGAAAAAAAAACCCCACCAAAUUGGAGACUGUCCGUAUCAGACAAAUGUCCAUAUUUGAGGGGUGUCCAAAUUAGAGAGGGGUCCACAUUAGCGAGGUAGAUUUAAAGAGAUGUCAAUAUUACAGAGGUGUCCGUACUAGAGAGGCGUUCAUAUUAGAAAGGCGUCCACCUUAAACAGGUGUGUAUAUUAGAGGGGUGUAUGUACCAUUUUUAUCGCAUUCCCUUAGAACUAAAUCCACUAAUUCUAUUUUAGACCACGGCUACCUGACUGGCUACUCAGGCGACGCGCCUCACAUUGGUCCCUGGCAACUGAGACUGAAAGGAUUUCAGAAUCCCCCCACCGACCUCUACACCCGACCUUUCUACCAGCGAGCCGCCCGCAACCUUCAGGGAGGGAGAGACUUGUGCCUAGGCUCCAUGAACAUCGCGCAAUGUCAGUUUAAAUAUAUCCGCGAUGUGUUUGAUACUUUCCCCGACAAACUGAAGUUCCUGCUGUCUUACAACGGUAGGCAAAGAAAAAUGCAUUGACGUAUAAAUGAUAUGGAAUGUUCUUCUUAGAGAUCUAGUAAGGAUCAUCUCUUAUUGAUCCAGUGCUACUACAGGAGGAAACCUAAACUAAACUAACUUUAUUUAUACUGGAUAGCUCUAUCAGUUCUAAACUGUUCCUCCUAGAGGUCCAGUAAGAAUCAUCUCUUAUUGACCCAGUGUUACUACAGGAGGAAACCGAAACUAAACUAACUUUAUCUAUACUGGAUAACUCUAUCAGUUCUAAACUGUUCUUCCUAGGUCCAGUAAGAAUCAUCUCUUAUUGAUCCAGUGUUACUACAGGAGAAAACAUAAACUAAACUAACUUUAUUUAUACUGGAUAGCUCUAUCAGUUCUAAACUGUUCUUCCUAGAGGUCCAGUAAGAAUAAUCUCUUAUUAAUCCAGUGUUACUACAGGGGGAGGAAACCUAAACUAAACUAACUUUAUCUAUACUGGAUAGCUCUAUCAGUUCUAAACUGUUCUCCCUAGAGGUCCAGUAAGAGUCAUCUCUUAUUGAUCCAAAGUUACUCCAGGAGGAAACCUAAACUAAACUAACUUUAUUUAUACUGGAUAGCUCUAUCGGUUCUAAACUGAUGUCCGUGUAUAACAGUCAGGACCUAGAAAAAUCUUGCAGUGUUUGGUAGAACGCUUCUCACAUGUGACGAUGAAAUCACAAUCAGACAACUGGCAUAACCAAACCACGGUGAGAGAGGUGACUGUCACGCAAGCACUAACCUACCGUUCAUUUUUCUAGUGUUGUUCUCACAUGACGACUUAAACCAAGUUGAAAAUAUCGAACCACAUUUAAUUUCCCUCUUCCGUGACUUGAACACGAAAGGGAAAUUAAACAACACGUUAUUGAUCGUGAUGGGGGAUCACGGAAGCCGCUUCGGGAAAAUGCGCAUGGAAAUUCAAGGAAAGCUGGAAGAACGUCUGCCUUUGUUUUCUAUGAUAUUCCCACCGUGGUUUUCCAAGAAAUACCCAAAGCUUCACGAGAACCUCCGAAUCAAUACCGAUCGCUUGACGUCAUGGUACGAUCUUCACGCGACAUUCCGACACAUGCUCUACUAUCCUGAUCUUCCCUCGAACAUCAAACACGGACAAAGCCUUCUACAGGAGGUGCCCGCAUCUCGCACCUGUGCGCAGGCUAAUGUUGCCGAUCAUUGGUGCCCGUGUCAAAAAUGGGCAGCGGUUGAUACCUCCGACAGUCACGUGCAAAAUGCAGCAUUGGCCGUCAUCGAAUUCAUUAACAGCCUCAAUUCAGAACACGUUUUAAGCAAAAAAUCUUGUGAAAUUUUAAAUCUCAAGACAGUCAACUAUGCUCUGAUCGAACAGCCGAAUGACAAAGUCCUCAAUUUCCGUCAAACGAACGAUCUUAUUCCUGAAUUUCAAUCCAGCGCAAAGCCAAUACAAAAAGACUACUGCCGCUACCAACUGCAGUUUGAAACCAGCCCUAACAGUGGUAUAUAUGAAGCCACAGUGAAAUACCAUCGAGGCUGGUUUAUUGCCAGUAAAAGUGUGAGUCGAGUCAAUAAAUACGGAGAACAGCCCCGGUGCAUUGCGAAAGAUUUGCCGCAUUUAAGAAAAUUCUGUUUUUGUAACGUCACAGUUAACUCGACAGCGUCUACUGGCUAG